AUGUCAUUCAAAACCGUCUUGGAAAAGACCUUGCCCACCGUGGACUGUACGGUCCUUAGCUGGUGCCCGACGAUGGACCUUCUCGUGGUUUCGGUUAACGCCAUCAUUCUCUGGGUGUACCGUCUCAAUGGUCAGAGGGUCUACGCGAUCAACGCUCAGUCGCGGGUCACGGGUCUCGCGUGGCAGCGUGGCGGAAAGGCAUUUGCGCUCUCGACCGCGGACGGAAACUGCCGGCUUUACGACUCAAACACAGGCAAGUUAGUGGCAGUUGUG